ACGGACGACACACUGUUCCAUUCCUGUACACCAUAGUUGUUCCACUGGGCUCAGUAGUGGUCACCCGCAAGAAGGCCUCACAAAUGCAAUGAGCCUUGGUGAACGCAUCACUGUUGCCAUAGCAGCAUGCCAGGUCCCUUUCAACAUCGUAGAUCAGGUCGAGGUUGGCACGCAGUGCUGCUUGCCUCUGGCUCACAAGUCUGUCGGGUGCUCCUUGGAAGCACCGAGCGUGUCGAGGAAUGUGCAGACUACUGAGGCUGUGGAUCAGUCAAGCUCUACCUCAGCAUCAAGGCCUUCUAUUUCUCCAUCAAAGGCCAAGGGUGACAACACGCCCCAGGGACGCCUCCACCACUGCCCCCUCUGUGAUUAUGAGACCGAUGAUAUGAGGCGUAUGAAAGUACACAUCAGGAGACACGCUUGCAAGCGUCCGUUUGAGUGCCAUUUGUGCCUUCGAACUUUCACAGCGAAGAGCUGCCUAACAAAGCACCACCUGCGCUUCCACGCGGGUGAACAGCCGUUUCGGUGCCCUUCAUGCCCUGGGACAUUCUCCGAUAUGUCCACCUUGAAGCAACAUCUGCGCACCCACACGGGCCAGGGGCCAUUUCCGUGCCCUUCGUGCCCUCAGAGCUUCAAGACAAAGUCCAGAAUGCUGACGCACUCGCGCCGUCAUACUGACGAUCGACCAUACCGCUGCACCAUCUGCUCCAUGUCCUUUCGGUGGCAAGGUACCUUGAAAAAACAUCAAAAAAAGCACCAGAAUACCAUAGUUCAACUGCCAUGUUGAACUAAAGUCUGUGUUAGGAAUCUUCAUAAGUGUGUAGCAUCCUUCAUAGUGUUGUGUGCAUCAGUUAGCUCAAGCGUCACCAUAUGCUCUUCUAUGUCGAACUGCUGAGUCACUUCAGAAGAGGUGCCAGCCUAAUCUAGGAAGUUGCAGGAACAUUUGUAGUGAUAAGAUUGCAGUACGUUACAGUGUGUGUGUAAACAUUAUUUAAAGAGGUCCAGAGUCUCCACUUAAGCCGAGGCGGGCCGCUCCCAUGUUGGCACUGUCAGGCCAUGCCCUUCAGCGACAUCAUGGGCCCUCUGGACAGCCCUUAGUUGAUGUUGAAGCAAUGGGCUUUGUAUUCUUUUUUUCCAUCGAGUCCAUUUUUCCAGGAGGCUGGGGAGAGUUGCGGGGCACCCCGCGAUCAUAUGUUUGAUUUCAAUGAUGCCAUUACAAUCAUUACAUUCCUUCAUAAUCUCCCUCUCUGGAUAUAUUUUGUUAAUGUGGUACGGCGUUCGGUAUGUACCCGUUUGCAAUAAGCACAGCGAGACUGCUUGAGCCCUGUUUAGUUUUGAGUUUUGGUAUGUUACAGUGGCCGCAUUCAUUUUGUGUUCCUUCAUGUGAACACAUACCACAGAAAUUUGUCAAAUCCUUGGCGUCAUAUUUUCUAAGCACUUGAGAUGAUCAUGUUGAUUGUGUCAGAUCAAAAAUAUCUUCAGCAGUGGAUUUUAUGUCACGCCUGUGCACUAAUCUUCCUGUUAAAGUUAGGCUGCUGGUUUAUAACUCUCUAAUUCUCUCCCUCUUACAAUAUUGCAGUACCAUUUGGGGUACUACAGGUAUCACUUAUUUGUCCAAGUUGAACCUAAAUAUAGCUGUGAGAUGCAUUGCUGGUGUGCCCUACUGUUUCCCUAUACCUGUCCUCUUUUUUUUAAAUAUGAAAUAUUACCAGUCUCUGUUUUAUACAAUUACAGACUUUUAAUGAGUUUCAAGUCCUCUUCACGAAAUGAUGAGAAUUAGAUUGGUUAUCUGGCGGAACUUGCAAACACCCAAAUUAGAUUGGUUGGUCAUCUGGCAGAACUUGCAAAAUACACCCAUAUUUUGCAGACCAGACAUAAACUUAACUGUGGUUUGUUCCAACACCUGGAGCAUAUUACAUUGAACAAUUUAUCUUUUAUACUCUGCCAGUGUUAAUAAAUAAGUUGAACCAAGAAAUGGUUGACCCUUUAGAGGAUUCAAAUAUUCUUCUUAGACAAUAUUUUCUGAACAAGGUAAUGUAAGGAUAGCGCAUCCAUUUUAUAUUAUAUUGUUUCCUUCUUUCCCAUGGCGUUGUUGCUAUUCUCUUUUGUAGUGCAAUGAUUAGCACUGUUCCUUACCCAGUGCUUUCUAUUCUCUUGUCUCUUGAAUCUUUGUUUGGGAAAAAUUACCUUUUGUUGUUGGUCUGCUGUAUAGCCAAGUUGAAAAGGGGGCAGGACCUCUGUCAAGCUUGCGAGCUUUUAGUCUUGUCUCCUUCAAUAUUUCAGAGAAAAUAAAAGACUGAUUGAUUGAUUGA